ACCCAUAAUCUCUCUCUCUCUCUCUCUGUGAGUAGUAGCCAUGAACAGGUUUUCCAAGCUCUUCUUCCUGAUGCUUCUGCUCCUCCUUCCCAUAACAAUAUACGCAGAGUGCACCUGCAAUUUCAAGAACGAAGAACGCAACAAAGCCGAAGCCCUCAAGUACAAGCUCGCCGCCAUAGCUUCCGUCCUCAUUGCCAGCGCCAUCGGCGUCUCUCUCCCGAUCCUCGGCAAGAUCUUCCCGGCUUUCAGCCCCGAAAACGACUUCUUCUUCAUCAUCAAGGCCUUCGCCGGUGGCGUCAUCCUCGCCGCCGGCUUCAUCCACAUCCUGCCCAACGCCUUCGAAAGCUUGACCAGCCCCUGCCUUGGCCCAACCCGCUGGGGCGACUUCCCCCUCGCCGGGUUCGUCGCCAUGCUCUCCGCCAUCGCCACCAUGAUGGUCGACACUUUCGCCACCAGCUACUACAAGCGCUCGCAUUUUCUCAAGGCCGCGCCGGUCUCCGGCGACGACGAGGCUCUCGGCGAGCACGAAGGCCACGUUCACGUCCAUACCCACGCCACCCACGGCCACGCUCACGGCGCCGGCUUUGGGUUGCAGGAGGACUCCGCCUCGUCAGAUCUUCUCCGCCGGCGUAUCAUAUCGCAGGUGCUGGAGUUGGGGAUUUUGGUUCAUUCUGUGAUAAUAGGAAUAACUUUGGGGGCUUCGGAGAGUCCAAAGGCCAUAAAACCUCUCGUGGCUGCCCUGACAUUCCAUCAGCUCUUUGAAGGCAUGGGCCUCGGUGGCUGCAUUUUUCAGGCGAAAUUCGGGGCAAGGGCCGUGACGAUAAUGGCGAUAUUCUUCACCUUAACAACGCCCAUCGGAAUAGCAAUCGGCUUCGGCGUCUCCAGCAUAUACAAAGAGAAUAGUCCGGCGGCCCUCAUCGUGGAAGGCGCCUUCAACUCGGCGUCGGCCGGAAUCCUGAUUUACAUGGCGCUGGUCGACCUUCUUUCGGCCGACUUCAUGAACCCUAGAAUGCAGACCAAUCUCAAGCUGCAGCUCUGCGCCUGCCUUUCGCUUGUUCUUGGAUGCGGCUGCAUGGCCCUCUUGGCAAAGUGGGCUUAGAUUUAGGGAUAUUUGAUCAUGUAAUUGCCCUUUUUCCAGCUUCCUCCCAAGUAUAGAUAGAGAUUUUCUUCUUCUUGUUUUGCCGUUGUGACAUCUAUUGAUCUCGACUCGAGGAAUUAAUCAUUUCUAGCUUGUGAAAUUUGUUGAUGUUGGGUUCGAAAUUAGGUUCGUUAAGGGAAAAAAAUGGAAAAUCAUACUAAAA